CUGAACUUUCCGCUGCGGCGGGAGUUCACUGGGCUGAAAGGCAACGUUACGGAGAUGGAGAAGUGUCUCUCAGUGUGCACGGAUGACAUUGUCCUACUUCAAGCCAAGUUGGAAACUAUGUCAAAGGAGCUGAUUAAACUAGAGAACAAGCGUGAAAAUUUGGAGUCCAGGUCCCGUCGUAAUAAUUUACGCAUUGUUGGUGUGCCAGAGGAAAACAUCCUGUCUCCCACAGACGUGUCUACGCUUCUGCUGGAAGCUUUCGAACUUGAGAAAGAGCCACUUACGGCACGAGCUCGUGCGGCUUUCAAUGAGGUUCGUCGCCUGCUGCGGGGGAUGCAGGGAGUCCGGUUCGGCAUCAUCCACCCGGCCAGGUUGCGCAUCACAUAUGAGGGAGUGCAACAUGACUUCGUCUCGCCUGAGAAGGCUAAGGCAUACAUCCAGACAAUAACUACCCAGCAGUAG